CUACUCAUUUGCUAUGAUCUCUAAAGGAGUUUCUGUGUUUUAGUUUGUGUUUCGCUGAGGAGGAGCAACACCAUAUGGACUUGGCAUCAGUUGCACGUUGCGCCGCUUCAUAGUUUUUUUUGUUAUGUUUUGUUUUGUUUUGUUUUUUUGAAGUUUCUUUUGAAGUUUUAAUCAUGCCGAAAAAUAAUGGGAAAAAGACAGCGAUCUCCGUAGCCUCCACGGGAUGCCUCUGCCUGCUGCUGCUGCUGCUGCUGCUGCUGGUCGCUGUGCAGCAUCACCGCGUCCAGGUGGCCGAGGAGACGGAUGGAGAGGACGCAGCUGCGCGCUCCGCGCAGGAGGACAGCGCACCGCGCGCCCAGGAUAAGAAAGGAUUCUCGACCUACUUCACCAAGCUGGCCCGGGGACGCAGGGAGGUGGAGAAGCCCGCACGGACCUCAGCCGCCGCCUCGGACCCCCCUCCGGCCGAGGACAUCAGCGCGGCUGAUAUCUUCAUCGCCGUGAAGACAACCAAGAAGUUCCACCAGUCCAGGCUGAACCUGCUGCUGGAGACGUGGAUCUCUAGGAACAUGCAACAGACUUACAUCUUCACAGACGGUGAAGAUGAUGAGCUAAAGAAGAAAAUCGGAAGUCACGCAAUCAACACCAACUGCUCUGCCGCUCAUAGUCGGCAAGCUUUGUCCUGCAAGAUGGCGGUGGAAUAUGACAAGUUUAUUGAGUCAGGAAAAAAAUGGUUCUGUCACGUAGACGACGAUAACUACGUGAAUGUUCGGACUCUCGUGAAGCACUUGUCUCAGUACCCCCACACCCAGGAUUUGUACAUCGGUAAACCGAGUCUGGACCGGCCGAUAGAGGCCACAGAGAGGCUGGGCGACAACAAAAUGAAACCAGUCAACUUUUGGUUUGCCACGGGAGGAGCUGGCUUCUGUGUGAGCCGGGGUCUGGCGCUGAAGAUGAGCCCGUGGGCCAGUGGUGGCCACUUUAUGAACACAGCAGAGAAGAUCCGUCUGCCCGAUGACUGCACCAUCGGUUACAUCAUUGAGUCGGUUCUGGGAGUCCCUCUGACCCGAAGCAGCUUGUUUCACUCCCACCUGGAAAACCUGCAACAGGUGUCCCGAUCUGAGAUUCACAAACAGAUAACUCUCAGUUAUGGGAUGUUUGAAAAUAAAAGCAAUAUCAUCAGCUUGAAAGGGGCUUUUCCUGUGGAGGAGGAUCCAUCAAGGUUCAAAUCUGUGCACUGUCUGCUGUACCCAGACACUCCAUGGUGUCCCCCUCAGGUUGCCUUCUAGGGUGACCGCUCCUUUCUCAUCCUCGUCCCCGUCGCGCCUCGGUAUCUGAAACGCUCACGGGGACCAGUGUUCUUUUUCGUAUGAGACCGUGUUGCUGCCGCAUUGACGCCGCAGCCGUGCAUGGUCUGGAAUUGUUGUACUAAGCUGCUGUGCGGCCCUUCUUUGGACUCUUUUUCUUCCUCUCCGGGGCCACAACUCCGCCCCAAAACGCUGGGGCGGAGGAGUGCGUCUGUAGGAAGGAAGUAGCUUUUGCCAUUUAGCUUUGCAGGCAAUCACUCGUGCUUUUUGUGAUGUAAAUGUUGCUUGUAAAUGCAUCAGAAAUUCUCAUAGAAUGUAUUCUCAUAUAUUCAAGCCUUUUUUUGCCAGCACUAUAUUUUUUAUUUUUUCCGUUAAAAACUGUAAUGCCACUCAGGUAUGUUUUUGACGAGAUACUUUAUAGCGUGAACAUUUUUCUUCCUGACAUUUGCAUUCAGUUCUAGUCUAAAUGACUCCGGAUAAAUGCUCUGAGAUGAAGAUUUUGCUGCAAUUUUACAUGAACAGUGUUACUUUUCCCACAACCUGAGCUGGCAGUUGGCAGAUUUCCAAAUGCAUUUUUUUUUUCUUUUGAGGGACCUAAUCUGAAGUAUGUCAGAACAAAGCACUUUCCACCCCUUAUUUUAGAAAAAAAAGAGACUUUUUUAUGAUUAACUGACUGAGUUUAUGUACUUUUAAGACAUACUUUAGAUUUGAUUCCAAGGAGAACAAAAAUAACCCCCUAAGAGACUAACUUCCCUAUUCAUGUCUAUGUAAUUAAUAACACUCCUUGCAUUAGUUACAAUCAGGGAAAAGCAAUGAGUGGAAGAGAUUGUGUUUCGGGGGAGGCGGGGGGAAAGCUACAAUCUGCUUUGAAAAGGUUUUAUGUUGUUUUAAGAAUUGCACAGCUGUGUUUCAAAUGACCUGACGUCUGCACCUCACCUCUACAGACCCCCUCACAGCGGAGAAGCGCUGGCUAAAACAGCCAAGAAACGGCAACAUCUGCUCGUGUCUAUUGUGGCUUGCACAAAAAAGCAUUAGGAGUUUAUCUGUUAUUGUCAGCACAAUUGGUCCUUAUUUACACAUAAAUCCAGCUGGUUAUUGUUGAGGUGAGAGCAGCGUCAGUGUUUCCACAUGGAGGUGUUUUGAUCCCUCCGUGUCCUCUCUCACCCAUAUUGGGUUUCAUCUUUAUGGCGGUAUUGUAUACUGCACCUUUGUUUAAAAAGAGUAGUGAUUGUGUAUGCUUAGAAUGUAACGUUCUCAUCGUGGUUUACGCCGAUUUUAAAGGACUUGGCCAGGGUUUGUGUUAUUUUUUUAUUUUUUAUUUUUUGCUAUUGCCUUGAACUGUGCUAGAUGACUGGUGUUUAUUCUCCAGUAUCUGGAGGGUUUUAGCAGUUCAUUCCCACAUCUGACUUCUCAGGGAUUAUGAGCUGAUCCUGGUAUUAACCGCCAAGGGACCCACGGUGGGACCCGAAAAGUUGAAUAAAAGUGCAUAACCACUGGGAACCUUUUACACAGUUGUCAUGUUGUUACUUUAGUUUUGUCAGAGUUUAUAUAGAAUUUUUUUUUUUUUAACUAGCUGCAGGCAAGUUUUAUGUAAACAUGGGAGCAAGUUGAUGCAAAACCAGAAGUGGUAUCUCACGCUCAAGGGGAAGCUGUUGAGUAUAAUAUUAAACAAUCUACUUUAAUUUUAUUUUUCUUCUCGCUUGACAUGUAUUUACUUCUCCUUAUGCAUUUACAGUUGGACUAUUGUUUCUGCCAAAUUUGCAUAAAAAAACCACUUUAAGUUAAAAGAACAGUGUGUAAUAAUUAGUGACAUCUAGUGGUCAAGGUGAAGAAAGCAGGCAUGUUAACCAUUGCAAAACUUAAAAUAAGUUGCCUCUAAAUUUAGUUACAGUUAAAACAAAAAAUAUUUCUGCACAGUUUGUGUAUAGUUUUUCUACCAGUAUAAUUACAUUUAUUAACACUAUUAGAUCCUCUAAAUGUACAGAAAUAUAUUCAUCAGGCAAUGUUAUGGCAUGACACUAGAAUGGCAUGAGUUAAUUAGUUAGUAUAAAAUAAAAUAUUGUCUACUAAUGGAUAGACUUUGAAUAAAACCACACGGAUGAAUCAGAAACCUGAGAAAAAUAAUAACGUUAAGCUGAAACACAGAGGACAUGAGUUUCAUGAUCCUUCAAAUAUCAUUCAAGAUGAACCAUAAAUGUACAAAUAUGGAAGACACUUGUUUCAUUAAUGACAAAAUAAUCACAAUCACAAAUAUACACAGUCACGCAUAUGUGCAUGCAUCUGGUAGUAUAUAAUAAAUAUGCAUAAUAAGAAGUAUUAAAAUGAUCCAAGAAUAGAUCCUUGUGGCAUUCCUACAGUGCAGUAAAGAUAAAAAGAAAUCACCCCAACCUAAAUGUGUUGCUUGCACUGUUUGAUAGACAUGAUUUCUUCUACAUAUUUGCUUGUUUUGGAAGAACAAAAAAGUGUAUCAACAUGGAUGAGAGAACAUUAUGAUUGUUUAUUUUUUGCUUCUUUAGACUCUGUCUAAUAUAAUAGAUUAAAAAAACAAUUUACUGCAUAUCAACAAGAGAAAAGUGUUAUAUUAAAAACAUUUUGUAUGCAUUUCUACUUAAAUACUGUAUUAGCUGUAACUGUAAAAGAAAGACUCUCUUUCAAAGCACACUAAUAAGUUUUCCCACCUAAACUUCUGGGAUGGAUUUAUAUAAACAAUAAUCAUGAUCCAGUGUUCCACAAAAAUGAUUAGAGAUAAACUCCUAAAACAAAUAACUGCUGCAGGAAGCUGGGGGGGAUGGCAGGGUCUUUGCCAGAACGGCAACAGUCCAUAAACCUAAACAUCAUUAAACAUGUAUGGAGAACUGCGCAAAUCCCGGAACUAGAUGGCUUUUGCUGGAGAAAUCAGUCAAAAAACCCAAACAACAGCAAAGAGACUCUGAGCUGGCUGCAAAGACUGUUUGUUUUGGGGAAUUGUGACACUACAGAGGGCAUUUGUUCACUGGUUUACCGGGUAAGCACACAGAAGACUUUAACACUAAUAUUUUAAAGCAAUAAUACAAAAAAAAAAAGAAAGAAAAAAUGAUAAGGUGCUUCACAGGAAAUGGGAGUAGCUGGCUGAUGCACAGCUGAAGAUUCAUCAUCAAAGCGAUGCAUGGGAGACAAAUUACUUGCAGCAAACAUCCUAACCACAAACCAUAAUCACAGCUUUGUCCUUCAGAGAUGUACAGUGGGAAAGAAGCUAAAGCCUUUCAAGUGUCUGCAGCUCAUGUUCAAACAGUUUUUCUACGUGUUGACUCAUAGAAAGUUUUGUAUAAAUGCGAACAAAAAAAAAGUUUGCCUCAUCGGCGUAUCGAAUUUGCAAAAGAAAAAA